ACAAGAAAUUAUGAGAAUUAGUAAAUAUACAUCAGUGCCCUCAAAGGACAUUGAUAAUGAACGUAAUGAAGGUGCUUUAAGUGAGCAUGGUGUAACUUCGGAACCUCUGUGGGUACAGGGGACGAAUUCUCCACCAGAACAUGAAGACUCCUAUGAAACAAUGGAAGAACAUGAGAUUAUGCUUAGUAAAGAAAGAGGAGAAGACGAUACCAUAGUAGAAGUAAGUGAAAAUUGGGAUAAAGAAGACUAUUCAAAGAAUAAUAAAAAUGAAAAAUCGAUUAUUCCAUGUCUGAUUAUUGCUACAGUUUUUAUAAUCGCGUGGGUUGGUUCAACAAUCAUAUAUGCAUAUUAUCGUUCUGGGGAUAGUACCCCAACAAAUGGUUCUUUAAAUAGUAUACAAUUUGAUGAUAUAUACAAUGGAAGUUUUUAUCCUAAAUGGACAUCAUUGGUAUGGAGCACUACUGAUGAUGAUGGUGUAUUCAUUUAUCAAGAUAGUGAUUAUAAUAUUAUUUUGGAACAAGUAUCUGACGGAUCGAAAAAAACUUUAGUGAAGGGCAUAGAUAUUACCGAUCCGUCUGGUAGCCCUCUCGAUUAUUUCGAGUUUUUCGUAUCAGCGGAUAAUCAAUAUAUAUUGUUUGGAACUAAUUUCACAAAGGGAUGGAGACACUCAUAUACUGCAAAUUAUUAUAUUUUUAAUAUUUCUUCAAAAACUUCUUUUCCUCUCACAAAAGAAAUUGACUCAAAUCAUCAAGCUGUAAUUUCCUAUGCUGAAUGGAGUCCUGUUGGUCAUGAUAUCGCAUUCGUCAAGGAUAAUGAUGUAUAUGUAUCGUUAGGACUGACUGAGGAACGGCGAAUAACAUAUGAUGGAUCUGACGUCGUUUUCAAUGGUGUUCCGGAUUGGAUCUACGAAGAGGAAGUUCUUGCCUCAAAAUACGCAUUAUGGUGGUCUCCUGAUGCAAAACGUAUCGCUUAUCUUCGCUUAAACGAAAGCGAAGUGCCUGAAUACCGUUUUCCACUUUAUGUUGAUGGAAUGCACGUUGAACCAUAUGUAAAAGAAGUUGUGAUGAAAUAUCCGAAACCUGGUUAUCCGAAUCCCAUUGUUACUUUUCAUAUAUACGAUACAACAACUCCUUUGAUUUCCCAAUCGGGUGCCGUUAAUUUUAUAAAUGAUUUUCCUAGUGACAAUAAAAUAAUUACUGAAGUUUGUUGGGCUGGUAACGAUAAUGUAUUGGUUAGAGUUAUGAAUCGUGUACAGGAUAUUGCGAGAGUUGUUCUAGUUAAUCCAGUUACUCGAAAUGGCACAACAGUUCGAGAGGAAAAUGCCGAUAAAAUGGAUGGUGGAUGGUUUGAAAUUACUAGAAGUUGGGUCUACCUCAAAAAAGGUGGUAGCAUCAGACAAGAUGCUUAUAUAGAUGUAGUUGUCAAUAAUGGAUACAAUCAUCUUGCAAUUUUCUCUCCGUUAACUUCUAGUUCACCACGAUACCUCACCAGUGGUAACUGGGAAGUUGUGGAUGGUGUUCAGGCUGUAGAUCGUAAACGAGAGCUUAUAUAUUUCUUGAGUACCGAAAAAUCAUCAAUGGAAAGACAUUUGUAUUCAGUUAGUUUUGACGGAAAAACUAGAACUGCUUUGACCCCAACCGACGAGACUGCCUAUUAUUCUGUAAUAUUUUCUCCAGGUGCUGAAUAUUAUAAUCUAAAAUACGAAGGCCCUGAUGUUCCUUGGCAAAAAGUAUUAAAAGUUAGCAAUAGCUCAUUUGAAAUCGUCUUGCAAGACAAUAACUAUCUUAAUGAAUUACUUAAAACUUUUGAUUUACCCACAAUAAACCGUUUUACAGUGGAAAGUGAAGGAAAUCAACUCAACGUAAUGGAGAUCCGACCACCAGGAAUGGAUUUAACUGGCCGUGAAAAACAUCCUGUUCUUUUUCAUGUAUACGAAGGUCCAACUUCUCAAUAUGUUAAUACAAAGUUUAAUCUUGAUUGGCAUUCGUUUUUAGCGUCUUCACCACGCUUAAAAUAUGUUGUUGUGUUGGUUGAUACUAGAGGAACUGGAUUCAAGGGUCGUGCUUUUCGUUGUAGUGUAAGAAAACAUUUGGGAGAAUUCGAAUCAACAGAUAUAAUUAAUUCAGCAAAAUAUUUUGCUAGUUUACCGUACGUUGAUUCUAGUAAAAUGGCCAUUUGGGGAUGGUCAUUUGGAGGUUUUAUAACUUCUAAAGUUAUCGAGACGGAUUCUGGGGUGUUUCAAGUAGGAAUGGCUGUGGCACCAGUCACUGACUGGAG